GACCAAAGGAAACUGUCCUCUUCAACUGCUCCUGCUACGUCGCAGCCGGCGAAACCUUACCGUCAGAUUUUCUUCGGCCGUUGAAGAAUUAGAAUCAGAUUUUCCCCAACUCGCAAACGCUAAAUAUCAGAGGUGCUGCAGCGUUGUUCUAGUGACUGUUGAUCGAAUUACUACCCGGACCUCUAAUGUCGUUGGCAGAACAGAGUGAAGCCGAGGGCAGCUGCGUCAAGGUUGCUCCAACGCCACUUGAACCCAAUUGUAUUCAUGUUGCCGAAUCAUCAUUCUCCCGUUGAGGUUUUUCUAUUUGCACAUCUAAGUAGGUAUCAUCGUGUCCUUCCUCUUAGCACGAUUGAUUUCCUUUACAAAGCUCCUCUAUAUUGUAUAUAUAUUUAUAUUACAUAAGAUGUUAAUUUUGUUGUUUCCAUUAUUGAAAAGCGGGAGAUUCCUUUACCUUUGUAUUUUUUUCAUUAUAUAGAUAUGAAUAUAGACAUAUGUUUUUC